AACAACUUAUUGCAAAAAAUAUUACCAAACCAGGAUUCGACAAGAAAACAAGAAAAAAGAAGAGGCUGUAAUGUAAAUCUAUUAAACAAAGUAUGAUGAUAAAGAAUAUAACGAUAAAUUAGCAUUGUCCAGUUUUAAUAGAUUUGGCUCUUCUUGGGAAGGUUCCCAGAACGAAGAUACGAAGUAAAAAAAAAAAAGAGGACGACAGGUUUCAAAAUUGCAAAUUUCUGAGCAAGCAGUAAUACAGGCAACGGUUUCUCGAUCCACUCAUGUAUCAUCUGACAUAAGAGCACAGAUAGACAGGAAGAGAGAGAGAGAGAGAGAGAGAGAGAGAGAGAGAGAGAGAAAGAUAUCACGUGUAUAGUGUAACAAUAUACCCGGACCAUGUUUCCCGCACGUUGUUCAAUAUUUACAUCAAUGAGACGGAUAUAUUACCGGAUUAAGAUGACCCCUGUGGCUUUUUAAUUAUACAGGCCUCAGUGCGUCAGGACAUCUGCCCUAUAGAAAUCGGGACUCUCGAUCCCCCGAUCCGUUCCCUACUCUACAUCAGCGAUCCAUUUCCCUUGCUACAGAGUAUCAAUUACAUUGUUAUUACCCGGUAAGUAUCCCGAAGAUGUGGUCAGAUCGCAGAUAAUACACUGGUAUAAGAGCAUGCCGCAACAAUGGGACAGGUACACAGAAGCGUGGUACACCCCGUCGUGCGAGCAGCGCGAUAACGAUCGUGCGGUGCAACUAUGCGUCUAAUUUGGAUCUGCCCGCAAAAGAGGAUGCGUCUCGCAAAAAAAAAAAGAAAGAAGAAGAGGGGUACGUGCCCCACGGGGUUCGGGCGUGUGCAUUCAGCCGCUCGCACGUACCCCAAAACGCACGUAUAUAUGUAUGUAUAUAUAGCGAAGGGUUCGUCCUUUAGAGGAUUUAGUGAGACUCUCGGGAUGACGAGCGAAGCACGAGGCUCGCGGACAAGAAACACGGACUUCAGCAUAGCCCGUAUACUCGCGGAGGAACUUCCGGGUGCCGACGUCGACGCGCGAAAACAGCGCGAGUCUCCGGAGUGCGAUUCCCGGGGAGGAACGGAAGCUGAGGAACGGACGUUGGAACGUGCGGGCGAGCCGGAAAAGCGUGACACGUCGUACGUUCCCAUCGUCGCGGAACGACAGCGAAGCGGCGACCACGUCGGCAAGAGCACUACACGGUGGACCGAUCUCACGUGGCUUCAGUACACUCGGUACAGACCUCCGAGAUUACCUAGGAGGUCUCUCACUGAAAGACGGGUCAAGCGACAAGCAGGCGAUCAUCCUCGUAUCCCGUUCUCCUCGUCCCAGUUGCAGAUAUUAGAGGAGAAAUACAAAAAGGGUGCUUACUUAUCCAGGACCGACGUCGUCGAGAUGUCCACAACAUUAAGAUUGCCGCAGAACAAAAUCAAGAUCUGGUUUCAAAAUCGUCGAGCAAGACAGAAACGGGAAUCGCUAAAUUCUACGAUAGUGCGAUGAUUCGACAACAAUGGAAACCAAUAAGGUUCUUCUGGAAUCUUCGACACCGAAUCCUUCUCGAAUUUAAAUCGCAAUUAUUUCGAGCAACUCGACUUUCGACUAUUUAUUUCGUGCCUUUCGAUCACUGUACUGUAAAUAAACUUAUUUAUAUAUACAA